AUGCGCCUUGAUCGAACCAUAGCAUCUGGCAUUGGAGCCGCGUCCCUGCUCAACCAACAGGUCUUCGCCACAAACUUCCUUGACCACGACAGUCUACUGGCCGGUGUAGAAGAUCCCGCUUGGUUUGAAGAGAAUGUGCCAAUCCUGGAUAUACCUGAAGAGCAGAUUCGAAUCGUUUACUACUACAGGUGGCAAACAUGGCGGGAGCAUCUCUUCUACACUGGACCGCAGAGGUAUGCUGCUCCGCGUGGAGGCAUUGUCGCUGCAGCAGGGCAACAUAUUAACGAAGGACGAUGGCUACGCGACAGGAAACCUGGCCAGGAUAUUGUCAAUUAUGAUGUUACAAUAUGUUUACGAUCUCACUGGACUGAUGUUGGUGAUAUAGUGGCUCGCUGGACCAGGACAGUUCGAAUAGCCUGCUACCGAGGACGUCAACCCGAGUACAUAUACCUGGAUGAAACCCUCAUUGUCAAUUCACUAGUCUCCGCAGAUUGGGAGUACUUUGGGCUUGAGAAUGUUGCAUACCACGGUCACAACGUCACUGUGUUGUGGGACGAGACUGGCACGCAUUAUGAUCAAGGUCUUCGAGUCUGGGUCAAUGAUCAAUCCGCCGGCAAUAGAGCAGACCUAGGCGCUCUCACAAUCACUAUACCACCACCAAAUGUCCAGCCCAUUAGCGACCUUGUCAACAUCGCCGCCAACAGCCUGAACCUCCUUCAGGGACCACAAGCAAACGCGUCCUUCUCCACGACGAUUGGAGGAGAUAAUUUUACCCACGGCAUAGAUGGCAGUAUCUUCCGCCGCAAAUUCAGAACCCUGCUCUGA